CGUGAGUUUUGAAUCACCACGAUUAUAUUCUAGGGAAAAACACGGUUUGCUCAAAUUUCUCUGAUUUCUCUCUGUAGCCAAAGUAACAGUUGUUUACAACACGUGUGACUCCACAAAUGUGAAGAAAGCUGAGAAUUAAAAACCAUCGAAUAUGUCUUCGGAGAAGAUAGUCACAUCCCCUGCAGCAGAUUCUACAGUUGCGCCACCUGGUGUUGAAGCUAUUGGACCAGAGGAGUACACUGUUAGGAAAAGACUCCCUAAGCAAAUGCCAAGGAGGACAAAUGAUAUCUAUGUUACAAAAAAGACCAAUUUCAAUUGUCAGUUGAAGCGUUGUAAAAACCUAUUAGAUACUGGGAAGCAUUGUGAAAUAUAUAUUCAUGGAUUAGGCAAUGCUGUGAAUAGAGCUGUCAAUCUGGCUCUAAAGCUUAAAGCUGAAAGUGCAGGAACUUUGGACACUGCAGUGAACACAUCAACUGUUGAACUAAUAGAUGACCUUGAACCUAACACUGAUGAUGUAGAACCAGGAACACAAACGAGGAACAGUUCAGCUGUUCAUAUAAAAGUAUUUUCUGUAACUAAGUAAAGCAACAUCUGCUGUAAUUAUAGCGCUAUUAUUAGGAUGUGGCAGAACGAGGCAACUGGUGUGUUAUUAGUUUUGUAUUGCACCUUGGUGCACAGUGUAAUUCCGGGGCCUCUGGUUAACUUAGCGCCUGCUAUAUUUUGGUGAAUUUGGCAAUUUGAAACAUUCUCUAAUUUUAAGCUUUGCCAAAAAGAAAAAUCCUGGUUAAUUGGAUCUCAGGAAAGUGUCUUUUAUGAAUUGACUGA